UACUCGAUACGAUUUCCGAAGAUGACCAAGUUAGCAGUCGUUGCGAUCGUCCUGAUGGCGAGCACUGCUUCUCAGUCCCAGAGGAUAAUUAGGGAAACACCUACACGAUCAACAGAUGAGAACACGGCUGUCAUCAGAGACAUUCUGCAGAAGAUCUCGAGCGGGGAUUCGAACGCGAAGGAUGACGCGAAGCUCGUCGAACUCAUUAAGCAGGAAAUCGUGAGGACCGCGGAAGAAAUUAAAACGCCCACAGGAUCGAUCGAUGCAGCCGCUAAAAAGGCACAGAAAUUGGUAUCCGAAUUGACCUCGGCGUACACAAACGCUAUUUACAAAUCCAAAUCUCCUGAGGAUGGUCGAGAGAAUUUUACACGCUUCCAGAACACCGUCCAGGCGAUCGUGGAAUUCAUCAAAAAUGGCCAAUUCUUAGCGUAGUCUAAAAACAACUAUUUUCUUUCGCUAUCUAUUGUAACCUGACGUAUUUAUUCGUUAUACACGUACCUGUCUGUCAUCAACGUCACAAAUGUAUCAUAGAAAAUCAAUAAAUAUAAUU